AUGGCUGCGCCAAAGGUUACCCUAUACUAUGACAUCGUCAGUCCAUUCGCCUGGAUCGCAUUCAAGAUCUUACGGGACUCCCCCACCUUCAGCAAAUGCGACAUCACCUUCGUGCCAAUAUUCCUAGGCGGGAUCAUGAAGGCCACUGGGAAUACCCCGCCCAUCAGGAUCAAGAACAAAGAUAAAUGGAUUAAUCAGGAGCGGAUCCGCUGGUCUCGCUACUUCUCUGUCCCAAUAGCAGAGACAUCGCCAGAGGGCUUCCCGCCUAAUACGAUAGCCGUGCAGCGCGCCCUCACGGCGAUCUCUCAGCAAGCUCCCGAGAAGCUGGUUCCUGCUACGGAGGCUGUCUGGCAGGAGUUCUGGGUUAAGGGGGAUGGCAAGGCAACGCAACCUGAGGUGUUUGGGCCGCUCUUUGAGAAGAUCUUGGGGGCGUCGCAGGCGAAGGCAGUUAUUGAAGCGGCGAACGGACCGGAAAUCAAGGCGCGGCUGAGCGCUAAUACGCAGCAGGCUUACGACUCUGGCGCGUUCGGUCUCCCCUGGUUCGAAUGCACAAAUUCCAAGGGCGAGAAAGAGGGAUUCUGGGGGAUCGACCAUCUAGGCCAGGUCGUUGAUUUCCUGGGCUUGGAUCGCUCGCUGAACCGUGGGUUUAGGGCGGUUCUGUAA